AUGCCGGCGACGUCGCCACUACGCGCCAGAGCGGCCGGCGUGUCGUGACAUCACAAGUUGCGUCACACCCGCGCGUCACCGCCAAGCCUCUAGACGCGGGAGGUGGGACCGCGCGUGAUCGCUGGGCUGCCGGGAGCAGUGCUAUCCCGACAGUGGAAGAUUACUGUCAGGAGAGUUUGGCCUCCUGGAUAGUAAUUUUAACGCCUUGAACCACCUGUUUCUGGACAGUUCCUUGGAGGAGCCAAGGACUAGAAGCUGAGAUGGCUGGUGCGUGAACUGGAAACUCGAGAGCAUUUGAAGGAAUCCACUGGUUGGCUUUGAACUGUUCAUAAAGCUAGAGAACCUAUCCGAAGCCACCUCUGCCCUCUGAUAUGCUUGUGCCUCCAGUGGAACUCCCCGAGAGGAGUUGGAAGAGGUCCCAGUGCUGACAGCCACAUGGAUUUUCCUGAAAUCAAACUGUAGAUCUGACUUGUUGAGUAGAUGUAGCUCGUCUUCAGACUGUUUCCUCCUGAACUUGUCAGAGAUGCAGAGGUAUUCCUGGAAUGGAACCUUCCCUGAAAGGAAGUUGCGUUUUCAUGUUGAAUGAAAAGUAAGUAAGUGGCAGAAACCACUUGGCUUGACCACAUCUGGAGUCACUGGACUGGGGACACCAGUUGGGGACAGAGAAGUGCUUCUAGGAAGAAUACCAGGUGAAGAGGAUGAGGCCAGCUGGAGAGUAAAUGGCCACCCCCACACCCCCAGAGAUAAAGUCAGCCUCGUGGUGGAACUACUUUUUUCUGUAUGAUGGUUCCAAGGUAAAGGGAGAAGGAGACCCAACCAGAGCUGGCAUCUGCUACUUCUACCCCUCCCAGACCCUGCUGGACCAACAGGAGCUGAUCUGUGGCCAGCUUGCUGGAGUUGUACGCUGCCUGUGGGACCUUUCUGGUACCCCACCCACGCUCAUCCGCCUGCGGAAGCUCAAAUUUGCCAUCAGGGUGGAUGGAGACUACCUGUGGGAAAACCAGUUCUGGCCAUCUCACCCGAAAGUCGCAUAUGGCCUUCUUCCUGGUCAGACGAGGACUGUAACAGAAGCCUUGGCUCUGGGCUGUGGUGUGGAGCUCUCGGAUGUCAGCUGCAGGCAGUUUCUGGAUCAACUCAUCGGAUUCUUUCAUUUCUACAUGGGUCCUGUGUCCCUGGCCUAUAAGAGCCGUCCUCAGGAGGAGCUGAGCCUACAGUGGGACACCUUCAUCACACAGGUCCUCAGGGGCACCAGUGAGUUGCACAGGAUCUUCAACGCCCUGUGGAAUCUGGACCACACCAAAGUGGAGCCCCUGUUGCUGCUGAAGGCAGCACUCAUCUUGCAGACCUGCCAGCGCUCGCCCCAUGUCCUAGCUGGCUGCAUCCUCUACAAAGGACUGAUUGUGAAUUCCCAGCUCCCUCCUUCCCUCACCGCCAAGGUCCUGCUUCACCAGACUGUCCCUGCAGACCAGAGACUUCCUGGAGCAGGGGCUGCCCCACAGGAAGCAGGAGCAGCAUUGCCCCCUGGUGUGCAGAUCACCCCGGUUUUUCUGACUGAGGAGGAAGUUGCUAGUCUCCACGAGUUCACGGUGGAACAGAAGACUAGACUCCAGGAAAGUUCAUCUCAGUACCCUCUCUGGGAUCGAAGCACCCCUACCCAGGCAGAAGAUGCCUGGAUGUCAGCCGCCAUCCUGGAGCCCACACCCCGUGAUGGAGCGUGCCUGAAUGGCAGGGAGGCAGAUGGACGCUCGCUUGGGCACGAGCAGCAGGAGCAUGUGGCUACUGCAGGACUGUGCACUACUGCCUGUGGCCCGGGUUCUAGCAGCAGCAGCAGGAUGCAGCAGGAGCUGGGUUUUUCCCGACAGGAACUGGACUUGUCUGAAAUCCACAUCUCUGAGCCUCAGGAAGCCUUCGCACCCAUGCCUGCCCUGGGCGAUCAGGAAGCUGUCCUCACCAGCCACCAGGCCCCCAUGCUGCCUGAAGACACAGCAGUGUGCAGCUGCCUGGACCCUUCCCCUCUUGAGAGGCUUUCUGAGAGUGGAGGGCUGGAACGGCUUACAGACCUUCCCAUCACCAAUGGACAAACCCAAGUUCCUAGCACAGACCCCCUCCUCAGAGGAAGCAGCAGGCCUGUGUUAGUUCCUCCCCAAGAUCCUGUGGGUGAGGAGCGCAGUGCAGAGCAGUGUGGGGAUGGAAGCCGUGAGCACCAUUCAGCCCUAGCUGACUCUCGGGGUCCCAGCACCUCUGCAGACAGAAGUGGCUUUGAGCCAUCCCCAGCCAGGCCCCAGGCAGGGCUCUUGCCCAUGAACCUCUACACUCACAGUGUGAAUGGGCUGGUGCUGUCCCUGUUGACUGAGAAGCCUCUUCUCAGAGACAUCGCAGCCAUCGAGGAGGUGCUUCCUGAGUGCCGGGGCUCUGGGUUAGUACUGCCAUGCCUCACUCAUCUUUUCUUUUUUUUUUUUUUUUUAUGAGACAGGGUUUCUCUGUAUUGUUUCGGAGGCUAUCGGUCCAGCCCGACCUCGAACUCACAGAGAUCCACCUGCCUCUGCCUCCCGAGUGCUGGGAUUAAAGGCGUGCGCCACCACCGCCCGGCUCAUCUUUUCUUAAAUUAGAGCCUACUUGUUUUAUCAACACACAGGAUGACCCUUAGUUGACAAACAUUAGACCAUGGAGCUGGAGAGAUGACUUAGCAAUUAAGAACACUUGGUUCUUGUUCGGGGGCCUGAGUUUAGUACUAGCAUUCGCAGUGGACAGUUCACAAUUGCCUGUGCACCUGCUCAAGGGAUGUAGCAGCCUCUUCUGAGUUCCAUGUGCAUUCAUAUAACACACGGCAUACACAUGAAGAGAAAAAUGUAUGUAUGUAUGUAUGUAUGUAUGUAUGUAUGUAUGUGUGAACAUAUGUGGAUGGGGAUGGCACACACCCAUAAUCCAAGCACCCAGGAGGCAGAGGCAGGAGGCUUUCCACAAGUUCGAAGCAAUCCUGGUCUCAAUGGCGAGUGCCAGAGCAGUCGGGGGUGCACAGGGAAACCCUGUCUCAAACAAACAAAACAGGAGCAUGUGUGGAACUUGAUGCCUCAGGCAGACACUGGCUCCUGUCACUAGGUCUAGUGACCACUGAGGCGUCGUCUAGGUGCUCGCUUCUUAACUGGCUCUGCCACCCCGUGACCCACUCCUGGCCCCUCUGCAGUACCACAGCAGCUUGGCAUCCCUGAAUGGGCUGGAAGUCCACCUGAAGGAGACACUGCCCAGAGACGAGGCCAGCCCCACAAGCAGCACAUACAACUUUGUGCAUUACGACCGAAUCCAGAGCGUGCUCACAG